CAUAGCAUUCGAUAGGCAAGUGUUGUGGAGUAAAGUUGCGCGCUGGUGCUGCUGCUGUCGCUGCUGUGUGUUCCCCCCGAUUCGAAAAAAAAGAUACGAAAAACAAAAUCGCGCGGUGUGUACGGCGGUGAAGAUCGAACAGUAGUAGAUCGUGUGUAGAGUAGCGAUCGGUGUGUCCCUUGCUGGCUGGCAUCGCUGGUGUUACUCUUGAAGUGUCUCUCUAGCGAGCAAGUUGAUUUUCCAGAGGCGACCAACCCCCGUCCCGGGAGGAGAAGAAACGGAAAUUAAUAUCAUUAGCUCGUAGUGUUCCUAUUUAUUCUCCACACGCACACAUACACGUCUCUCUCCCCGCGUUCCUUCCUCACCCUAGCCUGUAGUGUACCUGAUAGAUAACAAACACAAAUAAUUAAAAAAAAUGAGGAACCUGCUGAUAGUGACAACCGUGAUAUGCAGCGUCCUGCUGGUGACGGUGAUGGCUGUGCCUGUGCCGGAAGCGCGACCCGAUCCAGAACCUGCACCCGCACCGGAACCAAAGACCGACAUAGAACUGAUGAAGAUACCGCUGGACGACGAAAAGGAACUAGACGUCAUCACACUGGUCGACUCUGGUGACCAGAAAAUCAACGAGCGAAACAAGCGAACGAUUGGCAUUCUCCGGGAGCUGUUCCCAACCCUGUCUCAGAUUCUGGAUCAGAAAAUCCAGAUGAUCACGUCCUAUUUGUUCCGAACAAUAGGACCGAUUCUUCUGCGCAGCGGACUGGGAGGCGGAGCUGGCGGUGCAAAUGCCGGCGGUCGCGGUACUGCCGACGAUGAUUUCGAUGAUGAUUUUGAUGAUGAUGAUGACACCGAUAAGAACGUGUCCAGCGACGAUGGCCGUAAAGUGAGCAUUUCACUGCCGACCUUCCCACCGAGCAGCGAUGACGACGAUGAGAAGUCAAGCACUACUGACAGUACCAGCACUACCGAGGCUGACGAUAAUGAUAUUCGUAAACGCUCUGUACUGAUGGCCGUGCUUCCUAGUGCAGUGAAUUCCCUAGCCUCCUCGUCACCAUCGUCGUCCUCCCUGCCGGUGGGGAAGUCGAGCGGUGAGGUGUCAACUACGGCGUUUAGCGAAACUGUAGCACCUAGCACAAUACUCAACAAUGGUGGCUCGAGUGCCGAGCAGACACCAGCUACCACAUUAAAAACACAAGAAAGCACCGAUUCCAACGUGAUCAACGGCAACUCCGAGAACAUGAACACACUGGAAUCGCUGGAUCUGGCCGGGCUGAGUGACACCCUAAAUGCGAUUCGCGUGGCUCGUGCCACCAACAAGGACGCCAAAGCGGUAGCCGAUUCCGAUGAUCAGAAGGCAGCCGAAUCGUCAGCCAAGAGCUCUGCCCUGGACGAACUGUCGCUGGACUCCGAAGGCACCGACGAGGAUCGUAACAAGAGGUUCUUGUCUUUUGGUGGAUCCUCGGGUGGAGCCGGAGGUUCCGGAAACUUCCUAUUCGACAUCAUUCGUCUCGUCUCGGGUAGCUCCGGAACCGAGCACAGCGACGAGAAGGCUAACUCACCCGAUGAUCAUGACAACGAGCAUGAUCACGAGCUCGGCAAAGGUGACGGUUACACCGAAGGUAUUCCCGGACCGGUGACCCGUUUGUUUGUGCUCGCCAACCGUGGCCUGUCCAAUUUGAUCCAAGAUCUGAUCCUGCGAAUCGCACAAACCAGUGAACGAGUGGUUAACUUCAAAGCACGUCUGAUUACGUCACUCAUCUAAGCCAGAGAUCCUCGCUCACACACAUACACGAACACACUUUCCUCUAUCCAUCUCGUAAAGAAUCGCAUCAUUUACCCCCUGAAUCACUUAGCUCAAAUUUUAAUCUUAAUUCGUUUUCUCGCUUGGUGAAUAAAUGAACAGAACAAAAACAGUCAAUUCCUCAGUAGUUUAAAAUUUGUAUGUUUUUGUGUCUAAAACUUAAUAUGGUUUUGGCUUGAGUUUAACCUGUUCGUGGCCACAAACUGUUUUCGUAGUAAGAAACAUGACACUUUGACCUAUCUAAGUAGGCAUUGCCCUGAAACGACACGAAGCAGUUAAGGUUAGACUGUCAAACUAAAGACGAGAGUGUGCGUACUAGCUCAACAUACUACUAACUAAUACAAAUAAAAUGCUACACAAAGCAAUGGAAUGAGACAAAGUUUAUAAGGCUGGAAAUGGAAACACGUGUUUAUUUGUAUUAUAUUUUAUUUCAAUUUUCAUACUCUGUCGCUAUAGCAAUUAUAAUUAAUAAUACUCUCUUCACUUACUCGCUUCCACAUCUAGAUAGCACUGCCAGACCAAAAGUACUAGAAUUAGAUGAAGGAAAAUUUUCUCAAGGGUUGUCAGAAACCGAAAUCUUUCUUUUCAACGUAAUUUGAAUCAUUGCGCCCUUAGUUUUUUUUUAACUUACAGGCACUUAGCUCACAGCCAUGCGUAAAAUUUGUGUAAAUCCGCGUCUAUCUAUAAAAAGUCCAAAGUUGACAUUAGAAAUUGCUUUGCGAAAACACAAUCCUCCCUUUCCUUCAUACACCGAAUUUGCUCAAAACAAGGUUGUGUAAAUACUUCAAAUCUAGCCUCAAAUCUUUUCUGCGCUCUGCUAACCUAAGACUAACACACUUGAAUUGCUCAAAAUCGUAAUUUUCCAAUGCAUUCUAUGUAAAUUAAAUCUAUUCUAAGGUGUAGAAUAAAAAUUUUGUUUUGCAGUAACUUUUCCGCCACUUAUUAAUAUUCUCUAAACAAAGCGGUGAGAAACCACCAAACUGUGCUUUUUUGUAAAUAUUGUACCUAAAUUCGCAACAUUCCACCAAUUAGGAUCACAUGCAUCUUGUAAUUCUCAUUACGAAAUGAAUAUUCCAGGAUACAUUCAGAGACCUGGGCGUGUGAAGGGUUGCAUUCUUUAUUUUUGAUUUUCCCUUAUUUUAUCUCAUCACCAUUUUUUUUAUUUACAUGAUUGAGAGAGAAUGUAAUGAAUCUGCUACUACUAGGUAAGAGAAAGAGAGUUAGGGUGUAGGAGAGAAUAAGAACUACAUUUUCUGUCCCUUUUAUUUGUUAAUCUGUUAAAAAGAAACUCGGUGUAUUUUCAGAUAUUUAGAUCUUGUCAUUCAGUAACUAUUGUAAAUAGAGUUUAUUUUUCUUUUGUACUAUUGCUAUUCUCUCUAUUGCUACUCUGCAUUUUUUUCAAAUAAAUCUGUAUAAAGAUACUUGGACAGAAAAGAAAAAAACUGAAAAACAUACUACAAAAUGAUACUUCAAGCUACACGAUCUAUCAGACCCAAUAUUAAUAGGCGGAAGGAAACAAUGUUAACAUGUAGAAUUAGAAAGUGAUUUUCAGCUGCUUUGGCAACAAAAUUCAUAGGAAUGUAGACAACUUUAUAAGGAUGAAUGACAAACGUAUCGAAACUAAAAAAAAUACAUAUAUAUGGUCAUUUGAACAGGUGGCUGCUUGUUUAGACAAACUAGAAAGGAAUAAAUUCGAUAGACGAUUAUGUAUUUAAUGUAA